AUGUCUGUCGAAGGGUAUUUUUGUUUCCGCCCUCUCUGGAGAGAUGUUCAGACCGAGUUCAAAGAGGAGUCAAGGUAUACAGCAAAACUCCCUCUUUGGAGCGAAAUAUCCUGUAGCAUAUUAGUCCCAAUCGAUAUGCCGAGGAACAACCAACUGCAGCAGGAACGUUGCCAGCGGCAUCAAGGACUCUCCUCCGACGGUGAAGACCGCGAGGGCACCGAUGCGUUCAAUUCCCCAGCUGCUGCCUUCCAGCACUGGUCUUCCCAAUUGCGGCGUCGAUCUCCUCUUCUUUCCACUGACAAAAUGUUCUCGACGGAAGAAAACGGCGACAGCGACGGAGAGAAUCGCGACAGAAGUACGAAGAAAACUUCGAUGGAUGAAAGUUCUGGUUCCAAUGGAAUCGUGGCUGCGCGCAAAGUGGACUUUUCACCUCGCCUACACUCUCACCGGAGCUCAACAAAUAAAUCGGCGUCUUUUCCCAGCAAAAAAGACUUGAACGUUUUCAGUGUUUCGAGAAAAGACCCGGCUAUGACUUGUUCGGGCCCGAAUCAUCCUAAGUCUAGUCCAAUUUCUUCGAAGAUGACAGACAAUUCACCAGCGCGUCGGCGUCGAGCCGUACAUGGGCUUCGUCCACCUUCAACGCCCCACACUCCUCGAUCCCCACAGCCAUCUCGUCCCACAUCCGUACUUCAAUCAUGGACGACACACCAACCAGACCCUGACUUUUGGCCCGCUAACGAAAGCAUGGACGUCUUGUUAGCCACGGCAUCCGUCGAUUCCUCUGGCAUCCAUAAAGCUCAAUCCCAGGAUCUACCGCUCCAUAGCGCCAUUACACAAGCAACGUGCAUUCACGAGCUGUGGAACGCGACUGUGCGUGACAUAGUUACGGUAGAUUCGGCUGCCUCUCAGAACGAUGAAGGUCAAACUCCUAUCCAUUUGUUUGCGGAAAAUGCAGCUCUCGCUGAUCAACUGAUUCUUUAUCACAACCCGACAGCCGCCCAAACACCACCGGAUGCGGAUGAUAUGCUGCAUGUCACUCGGUCAGGAUUGGAUAGUGACGCUCCACAAUCCGACGAUCCGACGACUUCUCUGGCGGCGGUAGAGAGGCAGCUCGUUCAUUUUGGCUUACAUUUACUGCACGCGUAUCCAGCUGCCAUGAUGACUCCUGAUGGGGACGGUUUCAUCCCCUUCGAGCGCACACUCUCUGAAUGGAUCGAUCAAGUUCAUCGAGAGCCAACUUGCAAUCCUCGUAAGCCACAGCGCAAUCAGUUCCAGUCAGCGACUGACUUGCUUCCAACACAAAUAACUUCUUUCCUCGCAUCUAGUACCACGCGCUGGGCAUCGCAGCCGAAAAAGUCAUUGGACCUCUCUUACAAAAUUCGGGACGAAACGUCGUCGGACGGAUCCUUGGACGUAGAAAGCGGAGUAACAACUAAGGUGCUUCCCAAACUCGCGACUGGAAGCAAGACACAAGAGAAGACGUUGCAUAAUCGAUCUCGGCAGUUCCCGGAUAAAGUGCAGUUGACUGCGCAAGCUCAAUUUGCCUUUUUGAUGCUGUCUUCCUUUCUCGAUCAUUUGGAUCGCCGUCUCGAAGAAACUACCUUUCUCAAGACCCGUCGCUCCAGCCUGGCUACUUCAACACGUCCUUUAACCGGAACUCCUUCUGCUCUCCCCGACGUGGGCGCUUUAGGGGCUGAAGAUUCCUUCCAUGAAGCAAUGGACGAACUCCGUCACAUGACUGUCGCCGAUAUUCGAUCCGAGAUCGUGCGAAGCAUUGCAUCUAUACCCGAUCUGGUCAAGACACUCCUCAUCAUGGAAAACGAUACCCAGCGUGCGUUUUGUUUCUCAACCACACUAAUGCACCAUGUGCUUGCGUCCAAGUACUCUGUUGGUCCAUGGCUACCGGCUAUGCUGCAGCAUAGUGAGGAGCGAAUCUCGGAUUUGGCAGUCGGCUAUCUAAAGCUAGUCUCGGAACGGGAUAUCGAGGAUGGCAUUCCACGAAUGCAAUGGGGAACUAGUGUCCGCGCGUUUCGAAACUCUGGUGGAAAAGUUGAAAGGCACGGAAAGAUGGAUCUACACGAUGAAGUCAGUCGCCUCGAAGACUUUGUCCCAUCGCUUCUAUCUCUAGGGGAGCGCCAAAUGGAAGAAGCUGCAACAACCAAGCUCGUUCGGAAGGUUAUGGAUUGCAUCAUCUCUCGUCCGUUCGCCGUAACUGUUGUUUUCUGCGACGCCCUGUUUCUCGCCAUCCUACUUGUUGGGUUUCGUGGAGCCGUCAAUUCUCUCUUGCUAGGCGGCGUCUCGAGUACCGUCACCCGACACCUAUAUUUGGCCAACGCUGGCAUCUUCUACUUCGUUGUUAGGGAGCUGGGAAAAGUUGUUAGCCUGUGUAUGAUCACACGCCGCGCACGAGUCUAUUUCCAAAGUUUUUGGAAUUUGGCGGACUUGCUGUCAACGGUCUUGGCUUUGACAAGUACUAUUGCGAUGCGUGCUGCGUUAGGACCUACUGAAACAAAUAUGGCAGGCGAUACCAACCUGCGCAAUUUGCUGGCGAUCACCACAGGCUUUUUGUGGCUUCGCGUAUUAAAUUACUUGAAAGGCAUCAACAUGCAGCUUGCGACAUUUGUUUUGGCGAUUCUUCAGAUUACGCGAGACAUUUUGUGGUUCUGCGUGAUCCUGUUGACGCUCAUCGUUUCCUUCGCGCAAAUGUUCUUCACGCUCUUGGCCCCGGAUACGUGUGUGGCUGGAGACAUCCUGAGCAAUAAGAAGGAAUGUACUCAGUCUGAGUACUACCUCAAAGUCUACGCCAUCCUACUGGGCGACUUCGGAACGUUUGAGCGUGAAAGCUUUACUUCUAUGUUUUCGGUGUUUCUGGUUGUGUUUUACUCCUUCAUGGUGGUGCUGAUUCUGCUCAAUAUUCUCAUCGCUGUUGCAUCGGAUAGCUACGAAAAAUGUUUAAUCCGAUCCCAGAGCUUGUUUGGACGUGCCCGGGUCAUGAUGAUUGCAGAGCUUGUUUCAUUUCAGAAUUUAUUGCGCAAGAAUCCACAUGUACUGUUGGACUCGUCGUCAACGGGUCCGACCGCGCCUAUCUAUAGGACCUGGUUAUCUGGCAAUUCAUGGGCAAACGGGUGGAGUCGAGGAUCCAUGACGUUUUUCCUCUUAUCGUCAACUGUCGUGCUCGUUUGGGGUAUCGCAGAGACUGCUGGAUACGCAACAGGGAACCGUAAUGUAAACGUGUGGAUGAGCAUAUCGUCCAUCGCGAUCAACGUCGCUCUAUUUGUCGGCAUUGUUAUCUUUCUUUCAACCGGUGGUACUGAGAUUGGCCCAACACAGCUUGAAGGCUACCUUCAAUUUGUCAUGCUACGGCUUCUUGGGUCGACCAAAGACACUACAAAUACGGUGACUGGCUCUGACCACGAUGGUUGGCAGGGCCGGCUCGUGUACAUCAAGACAGAGAUUAAACGCCUUUCGGACGAAGCCAAAUCUGAGACAGCUGCAUCAACUAAAUCUCUAGUAAACCUCAUUGGCACUACGGAGGGACGGCUUCAAGAUGAACUGUCUCGCGUAGAAAUCGGCUUAAACGAGCUGAAACAACUUCUGCAGCCAGGGCAAUUGCCAUCCUAUCAACCGAACGAAAAGAAGACAACAAUUGCUAAUAUUCACAACACCAUGAAAGACCUCGUCGAAACCCUGCAUCGGAUGGAGACUGCGGAAGAAGUGAAGGGAGGACAAAGUUGA